AAACGUGUGGCUGCAAUCUGUAAUCAGUUUCGAUUCGACGUUGCUGACGGAGGGGGUGUCCAGCCGCUGGGCUGCAGCGUUUGAUGGAGUAAAGAUGUCAGUCAGGACUGGCUUUUACAAGCAAGAAUUAAACAAAACGAUAUGGGAAGUGCCGGAGAGAUACCAGAAUCUGACUCCCGUUGGAUCAGGGGCUUAUGGAUCUGUCUGCUCUGCCUAUGAUACAAGAACAAGACAGAAGGUAGCUAUAAAAAAGCUAUCAAGACCAUUUCAGUCCCUGAUUCAUGCAAGGAGGACAUACAGGGAGCUGAGAUUGUUGAAGCACAUGAAGCAUGAAAAUGUAAUUGGAUUGUUAGAUGUCUUUACACCAGCUGUUACACUGGAGAAUUUCCGAGAAGUGUAUUUGGUGACAAACCUCAUGGGUGCAGACUUGAAUAACAUAGUCAAGUGUCAGAAGCUGACAGAUGAUCAUGUGCAGUUUCUUGUGUAUCAAUUACUCAGGGGACUUAAGUAUAUCCAUUCAGCCGGUAUCAUUCACAGAGACCUGAAACCAAGCAAUUUAGCAGUAAACGAGGACUGUGAACUACGAAUUCUAGAUUUUGGGUUGGCACGGCAGACCGACGAUGAAAUGACUGGUUACGUAGCAACCAGAUGGUAUCGAGCUCCAGAAAUAAUGUUAAACUGGAUGCAUUAUAAUCAGACAGUGGAUAUUUGGUCUAUUGGAUGCAUUAUGGCAGAGUUGUUGAAAGGAAAAGCCCUUUUCCCAGGAACUGAUUAUAUUGAUCAACUGAAGCGAAUAAUGGAAGUUGUUGGAACACCCAGUACUGAAUUACUGAAGAAAAUAUCUUCAGAACAUGCUAGAAAAUACAUUGAAUCUUUACCGUACAUGCCCCAAAGAGACUUGAAAGAGCUAUUCAAUGGUGACAAUCCUUUAGCUGUAGAUCUGCUUCAGAAGAUGCUUAUACUUGACACUGAUAAGAGGAUAACUGCAACAGAUGCUCUGACUCAUCCUUACUUUGCUCAGUAUCAUGACCCUGAUGAUGAACCAGAAGCAGAACCAUAUGAUGAGUCAAUAGAGAAUAAGGAACGGACAAUAGAGGAGUGGAAAGAGCUUACAUUUGAGGAGGUAAACAGCUUUGAGUUGCCACAAUGUACCAUGGAUAACAUGGAGAUGGAACCUUAGGAGCAGCCUCUUUAAUCCACCUGUAGUAAAAGAUAAAAAGCAUUUCAGCUGCCUGCUGGUAUAUGACUUAUCACAGGGCAAUGUUUUGGAUAUAGCUUCACCACCUCCACAGCUCAUCACACAACAGGACCGAUAUUGUGGAUAUAGCCAACUUAAACCAAAAAGAACAGUUUUUUUUUAAUUUUAGUUGGUUGAGCCAUGUCUUUUUGCAUGACUGUCUUCUGUAAACAGUUAAUAAACCAAUACUGUCCGGCAUUCAUGCCAAAUAUAUCAAUGACUUUUUAUGUCUGUAUCAAUACCUGAUGUUAUGAUUGCUAAAGUUGGCCAAUGGCACUGACAUGUCCUUUUGAGAGCACAGAUUAUUUUAAGGUGUCAAUUAGUAAUUACUAUUUACUUUAGCUGUCAUCGUUCACCCUGCUUACAGAAAAUACAUCAAGGAAAAGAACAAACCACAAGUCAGAAAAAUUCCGAAUAAAACUAAUUUUAUUGUCUUCA